GCUGCGGAGUGAGGAGGGGAGGGACGUAUCGAGUUGCUCGUGGGGAGCAUUCAUGCACAUUCAGUUUUUAUAAGCGUAUCGACUAAAUUUUAAUUUAUUGUCAAUGAAUAUGGACACUAAAGAUUACGACCAUGUCAGAAAUCUCACACUUUUAUUCUUCCUUGACCGGCUCAUGGACAAGGGUCAACCCCGGACGUUGCAUGACCUAAGCUGUCAGUUUGGGACUAAAGGCUUUACGAAGGAGAUGCGCCAGAUUGCUGGCGGCUCACAAUCUGGCUUGAGAAAGUUCCUACAGCAAUAUCCGUCUCUAUUUACCUUGGAGGAUGACUAUGUGAGUGUUACGAACUACAGCAAUGGCAUCUCCAACCCACACGACCCGACUGGUAAACUGCUUGGCAAGCGAGACUAUGCCCAGGAAGCUGUGGAUUAUUUCGUGGGUAAAUUACGCCAGUACGGAGCCGGGACGGAGGUGCCUAUAAAGUCCCUUCUCGGUCACCGGUCGCAAGCGUCGCCGGAGGUGCGUCAUGUGUCCGGACAGCAUGUGAAGGAGUUCCGGGACUUCCUUGUGAGAUACCCCGAAGUGUUCGUGGUGAGGGAGGAGACCGUCAUCCUCAAGGAAUAUGAGGGAGUCGCGCCCCAACCCUUUAAGGAACUGGAGGUGCCGCAGAUCGACCCGAUCCUCACACAGCAGGUUCUGCAGUACUGUUCUGCAGCGUUAAUUCGGGGCCCACUUAUCACGGAAACACUGUUCAACGGCAUCACUAAUGCCUUCCCUAAGGAGACUCUGUCGCAGAUCUGCCGCUGCAGCAACGACCUGGCCACCUUCCUUAAGAUGCACUCUAACACCUUCAUGGUGCAGGCCAACAUGGUGCGUCUCGUCCACCCUGCCUCCUCUGGACCCAACAAUGUCCAUUCUCACAUAUAUCAGUCACAUACGCCUCAGCCGCCGCCCCAGCCGCAACAGCCUCCUCCUCAGCCGCAGCAGCCACCUCCUCAGCCGCAACAGCCACCCCCUCAGUACCAACAACCGCAGCCGCAGCCACAACAACAACAAUAUAUCCAAGUACAACAGCAGCCACAACCACCACCUCAACAGCCAGUCCAGAGAGGAACCUUGUCGCCAGAUCGCGAGGAAAACCUGCCCGUGUCCCCGACCUCGCCUGGGUCACCAGUUCGGCCUCACCACGCCCACAGCCAGCAGCAGCAACAGCAACAACAGACACUAAAGGCUCGCGUCAAUUCGUUGCUGCGGAAGACCCUGGCGGACAACAGCGAGCGUGAUCGCGUGAGUUACACUGGGGGCGGCGACGUCGGCAGUGAAGGUGUGACGGGUCGGCUGCUGCGGCACACGAGGGUGGUGGUGUCCAUAAGGGAGGCCCGCCAGCUGGUCAGCGCCAUCCUCGCCGCCAGACAACCCGUCAGUUUUGACGGCGAGGGGGUCAAUCUCGGCCCCUCGGGGCCCAUGACCCUGCUGCAGAUAGGACUAGUGUCGGGACACAUAUAUAUAUUCGACGUAAUGGUAGAGCGAAGUCUGAUGUACGAGGGAGGCCUGAGAGAACUCCUGGAGUCUACAGACAUCGUCAAGGUGGCGCAUGACUGCCGGGGCGACGCUGGCGCCCUCUACCACCAGUUCGGCGUGACGCUCAACAAUGUCUUCGACACCCAGGCGGCCCAUGCUGUAUUGCAGCAGCAGGAGACUGGGAAGCCGGUAUACAAGGUGAAGAAUGUCUCCCUCAACACCCUCUGUCGCUCCUACAAUGCUCCAGUGAACCCUCGUAAAGACCAGAUGAAGAAUGUUUACCGUCGUGACCAGAGGUUCUGGGCACGGAGGCCAUUGACAGAGGACAUGAUUGUGUAUGCAGCUUAUGAUGUUGUGGCCCUUGUUCCAACAGUUUAUGAUGCCAUGAAGAGACAGCUGGACCCUGGAUUACUGCCGCUAUUUGAAGAAUUGUGCCGAGAACAAGUGGAGGCGUUGAUACAACCUGAAGAAGUCAAACAGAAGAAAAAACAAAGAAAAAUUGAAACUGAAGUGGCUGAGUUGAAAAACAAGCUAGCAACUACUCAAGCUAGAGCGAUUGUGUUGUCUAAUAGAGAAAUUAGACUUCUUAGAUAUCUUGAACUGAGUGAUGAAGAACGUGAGAAGUUAGAAGGAUCGUACAAAGUUGCAAAGAAGUUGGAGCGUCUUCAGAGCAAAAAAGAGAGAGACGAAUCUCCUGACAAAAAUGGCGAGGAUGAGGAUGAAAAUAGUGACGAUGAUGACGAUGAUGAACGUGACGGUGUAGAGGAAGGAGAAUAUCCUAGUUUGAGCAGCAUAGGUUCUGGAGGAUCUGGCGGAUCAGGAGGUGUUUUAUCUCCACGUUGUGAUGGUGAUGGUGAUGGUGAUAGCUAUGGUGGGUCACCAUCCCUCACUACCAGUAUGAACAUGGUGGAACAAGUAUUAAGUAAUGGAGCAAUGGACCGCUUUGAAAAGAUUGAUCGUUUAGAAGCCAUUUUGGCUGCAGCUACCCAGGUUUCCGGUGCCUCAUCUCCUGUGGCCAUUAAUGCUAACAGUCCUCCUGCUUCAUGUUGUUGCCAUUGUCAUGGAUACUCUCAAGGGCUAAUUAUAUCCCCACAGACCUCACCACCUCACUCUCUGAACAAUGUGACCUCUAUGUCAACCUUCACCAGUAAGGCUGAUGCUCAGUGCCAGACUCUCAGUACCGGCGACAUUGUCAUCACCAAAGUGUUCUUCCCAGAUAGUCCUGAUAAUGCAAAGGACAAGAAAUGAUGUGUACAGUAUUGUAUAUAGUUUUGUAUAUUUUUAAUUAUUCUUGACAAAGUGGUUAUGACCACAGUGUGAUAGUUAGAUGGUGCCGUAUGCUGGCACCCGUGAUAGCGAACCCAUGGGUUCAUGCAGCUAGCUAGGGUAACUCACCUGCCUCAGGUAUUUUUAGCAUAAGACGGGCAUUUUAUGCCGUUAUCUGGGAGUGUUACGUCUUAUUGAAAAUACCUUUAAAUGGUAAGUAUCCUACCCACCAGGUAUGCUGGUGCAGGACUAACUCAAGCUUUAAUAUCCAACACAAGUGACACUACCAAAGUCUUUUUAUCAUUUUCCAGGUACUUAUUUUGCCAGAUAAUUGUUCAUUUUGUUCUUUUAUUAUUAGACAAAUAAAUUCAGCUUACUUCUGUGCUGAAGUACUGCUAGAGUUGGGAUGCUUUUAGGGUUGGGAACAUAUCGUUAAAUGCCUUCCUAGGUACAUUAGGUUUUAUUUUAACUUACUCAAUGGUAUUUCUGGUGAAAUAUAUCAUUGAGUGCAGCAGAUGAGGCCAGGUAAGGCCCAGACUUACCUGAAAACCCCAAGAGCCUUCACUGCUCACAAUAAUAAACCUCUGUUGAGCUAUGUUUGUGUGUUUCCCUCAGCUGUUACCCUAAUUCAUGCACUGGUAACAUUCCAACCUCUUGAUAGUUUGAAACAUUACAAUUUGAAAUUUGAACAUUAAUUAAACAAAAGCUUACCUAAGCCACUGAACUACUGUCUCUGGGAGUAUAUGUUCAUAUCCUACAAAUGUUGUGAGAGGAUGGACGUUUCUUACUCAACCAAUAGGACCAUUCAUAAUUUGUUGCUAAUAAAAUACUUUCAACUGUA